CACCAAGAUGGCCGACGCUAUGGAGGAAUAUGAGAAAGAAGCUGGCUGCGUCCCUAUUCUCCAUCCCGAGGAAAUCAAACCCCAGAGUCAUUACAACCACGGCUACAGUGAGAAUGUCAGCCGUAAAAACCAUGUGGAUGACUACAGCACCUGGGACAUUGUCAAAGCCACACAGUACGGCAUCUUCGAGCGGUGCAGGGAGUUGGUGGAGGCGGGCUUCGAUGUUCGGCAGCCAGACAAAGAAAACGUAACACUCCUCCACUGGGCCGCCAUCAACAACAGGAUAGAUUUGGUCAAGUACUACAUAUCAAAGGGAGCCAUAGUGGACCAGCUGGGAGGAGACCUCAACUCCACGCCUCUGCACUGGGCCACCAGACAAGGCCAUCUAUCCAUGGUGGUGCAGCUCAUGAAAUAUGGCGCAGACCCGUCUUUGAUCGACGGCGAGGGCUGCAGCUGCGUUCACCUGGCCGCCCAGUUCGGCCACACCUCCAUCGUCGCAUACCUGAUUGCCAAAGGACAGGAUGUGGACAUGAUGGAUCAAAAUGGCAUGACUCCUCUGAUGUGGGCGGCUUACAGGACACACAGUGUUGAUCCCACCCGGCUGCUACUGACAUUCAACGUGUCCGUCAAUCUGGGCGACAAAUAUCACAAGAACACAGCGCUGCACUGGGCCGUUUUGGCCGGCAACACCACUGUCAUCAGCCUGCUGCUGGACGCCAACGCUAACGUCGAUGCACAGAACAUCAAGGGCGAAACACCGUUAGAUCUUGCCAAGCAACGGAAGAACGUUUGGAUGAUCAAUCACUUACAGGAAGCAAGACAGGCCAAAGGCUACGACAGCCCAUCCUACCUGAAGAGACUGAAGAUGGACAAGGAGUUCAGACAGAAGGUGAUGCUGGGGACACCCUUCCUGGUCAUCUGGCUAGUUGGUUUCAUCGCUGACCUGGACAUUGACUCCUGGCUGAUCAAGGGCCUCAUGUACGCCGGCGUCUGGGUCACCGUUCAGUUCCUCUCCAAGGCUUUCUUCGACCACUCCAUGCACAGCGCUCUCCCUCUGGGAAUCUAUCUGGCCACCAAGUUCUGGAUGUACGCCACCUGGUUCUACUGGUUCUGGAACGAUCUGCCCUUCGCCACUGUCCAUGUGCCCUUCCUGAUAAACACCCUGGCUCUGUUCUACAACUUCGGCAAAUCCUGGAAGUCUGACCCAGGAAUCAUCAAAGCGUCAGAGGAGCAGAAGAAAAAGACAAUUGUGGAGCUGGCAGAGACAGGCAGCCUGGAUCUGAGCAUAUUCUGCAGUACCUGCUUAAUACGGAAGCCCAUCAGAUCCAAACACUGCGCCGUGUGCAACCGCUGCAUCGCCAAGUUCGACCACCACUGUCCCUGGGUGGGGAACUGUGUCGGAAGUGGAAAUCACCGCUACUUCAUGGGUUAUCUCUUCUUCCUGCUCUGCAUGAUCUGCUGGAUGAUAUACGGCUGCAUUUCCUACUGGAGGAUCCACUGUGCCACCAGUUAUGCCAAGGAUGGUUUCUGGCUCUACCUGACCCAGAUCGCCUCCUGCUCUCCCUGGAUGUUCUGGAUGUUCCUCAACAGCAUCUUCCACUUCAUGUGGGUGGCCGUGCUCAUCAUGUGUCAGCUCUACCAGAUCGCGGCUCUGGGAAUCACCACCAACGAGAGAAUGAACGCUCGAAGAUACAAGCACUUUAAAGUCACAGCCACGUCCAUCGAAAGCCCCUUCAACCACGGCUGCAUCAGAAACCUCAUAGAUUUCUUCGAGAUCCGCUGCUGCGGUCUGAUCCGGCCCGUGGCGGUGGACUGGACCACGCAGUACACAAUAGAAUACGACCAGACGUCUGGCUCGGGCUACCAGCUGGUGUAGAGGAGGAAGAGGAAAAGGAAGAAAAGGGGGGAGGGGAGCAUCGUUGGGUAGUAAGGAAGUUUGGAAGGAUUCCCCUCCCCGCCCCCCUCUCCAGCGUUCAUAUCGGAGCGAUGCUGUUCUCGGGAGCGCUUGCUUUUUUGGACCAUCUCUCCCUCACCGAUCAAAAGACUUGGAAAAAAAAAUCAGCCAGGACUAGCAUGCUGUUACGGGGCAACACCACACCUACACCCCUCCCUCCCCCUCUCCCUCUCCCUCACCACCACCUUUACUACUAUUACUACUACUACUAUUGUACAACAUGAGACUUCAUUACUGUACCUCCACUGCUACCCCACCCCUCCACCUCGUCUCUUCUCCUGAGCUCUUUGGACGGUGCGUUGCUGCCAGGCACGAACGGAGAGGAGAGAGGCCGACGGACACGAGGAAUUACAAAAUAAAAGCUCUUCUGUUUGUAACCGGAGACGCUGCAGAAACAGCAGCGCCAUAAAGUGGCAGUAUCGCUCUUUACCCUUUCCCACUUUAUAUCCUUAUUUAUGGUGUCCCUGUUGAUGUGCCCUGUAUGUAUUUUUAUUGUUUUUGAUUGGUUCAGGAACUCUGCUGUUCCUGUGAUAACUAACUGUGGUGGCCAGGGAAGCUGAAGGAAAGUUUUGUUUUUGUUUUUUUUUAAAACCAAUUUUGUUUCUGAGUAUGAUAAGAGAUAAGGGAAUGUCUUUUUAAAGUCUUGAUUUUGCACCAUGAUAAGUUUUGAGUAAAGCUGAUGAGGAUUUGCCAACAUAGUGGAACUUAUCAGAGGAAGGUUAAGAGGUGGAGCCGCUGGAGAAGUUCAACUUUCUCACUCGAUAGAUAAAAAUUUUAAGGAGAUAUCCAUGCAGUUUUUUUCACAUUAAACCUGAAAACAGUCGUAAGAAUCGGGACUCCUUCAGCGGCGAACCACCAUAAACGUGACAGAAACUAUCCUACAGACAAUGUGAUACAGGUAUAUUUAUUUUAAAACUAUUUAUAGAUAAAGUAACUAUGUUCUAGCGCCAUCAUUUUUACAUUUCACAUCAUUUUAGCUGGUUUUUAUGAGGAAAAAAAAUGACUAAAUGAUCAAGUACCUGUAGCUGUUUGACACGGAAGCCCGGGAACUUUACCAUGAAACUAUAUAGACAGGUACAGCGAGUGUAUUUAUUAACAGCAGAGUUUAAGAAGAAGAACGCGACGGAAGCGUUUACAAGAAAGGUUCAUUCCAUGUGUGUUUCUCAAAAAGCUGUAAAGUCUUAUUUGUUUGUCUUUUGUCUGCCUACAACAUUGCACUGAUCUUGUUUUUUUUAGUUUUUUAGUUUGUUUUUGGCUGUUACUGAACACACGGGCCCAGCAGCGCCGCUUCACACCGACGCUUCCAUUGUUUACAGAGAGGAGGAGGAGGGGCCCAUCAGAUAUGGCCGACUCCCAUCACUUCCUGUCUGGACCCCCGCAGUCAGCAGUAAGCAGCAGCAGGAUGGACUGAAGUGUAAAGAAUGUGCACCUGUACAUAAACAAUAUCUUUCUGUAACUAUUUUUCUUUUCCGUCAGUCAGUGUUAGUCGAAGGUGCUCCUGGAAUUUUUUUGUUCUUUCUUUUAUUUUUAUUUUUUUUAAUUUUUUUUUGAGUUUGGGGGAUUUCUUCCAACCAAACGGAAAGAAGAAAAUCAAGUGACUAUACUCCAAGUGUAUGACUGUAGCUUCUAGUGAUGUCCGACACUGCUGUCUAUAGGCAUUUUAAACCCCCAAAUACCUUUGAACCCCCCCCCCCCCGCCGAGAAACUCCACUGCAUGUACGAUGCUUGGGACAGCUGGGCUCUCGCCGUCCCCUCCUGUCUACCCAACCCCCAUAGUCAUCGUCAUGGUGACAGCCCGGCAAGCCACGUGUCUGUAUAUAGUGAAUGUUAAGUAUUUGCAAGUACUUUUCUGCAUUACGUUCAUUUGUCUGUUCUUUUUUUUAUUAGUUUCUUUCUCUCAAAUCCAGUGUGUUUAGUGGACGUUUUUUCUUUCAGGUCGCCAGAUUUUCCAGUCGGGCCCUCCUGUGCAAGUGUGUAAUAUAUUUGAAUGUUCCAUGCUUGUGGACUCUGUAGUCAUCCUAAAGGUUUUUUUUUUGUUUUUUUUAUUUUUAUGUCCUAUAUCGCUGGGUUUGUUAUACCACUGGAUGUACAAAUUGUAAAGCAAAGACACUAGAGAACUAAGGCAGACGCCAAAUUUUUUGUUUUUGUUUUCUAAAAGCUGAAAUGUGUUCAUGCAAUAGUUUUAAGGAUAGAGGGAGGUUAUAUUAACAUUAAAGCCUCCGGAAGUUUUUGGGCCUCAUGUUUGCAUCAUCAGAAGGGGACGGUUAUGUCAUCAUUCCAUGUUUCACACACAGCCCACCACCACUAUCUUGCAACUGCUGAUGUCAUUUUUCUGCCCUGCAAAGACAACACCGCAGCUGGUUUUUGUGUGCUUUAAAGGUCAAAGGUUGAUUUCAUAUCAAUAACUAACCACUUUUUGUUCUAAAAAAUAAAUGCCUUUUAAGUGACAGGAGGUAAACGCGGGCUUUUUGUUUUUCUAGGGCAGAGUUCAGCUCAUUCAGGACUUGAAGUCAAAGCUGUUUCAGUCCUCACUAGUUCUUCCAGCAGCCUGAAAAGUCUCUGUUCUGCCCCCCAUCCCCCCCCUCACCUCACCAUGUGGGAUAAUAAAAUAAAAAUGAAAAAAAAGAUAAAGCACAUAAUCAUCUCCAGUGCCUCUCUGCCCACCUUCAGACAUCACUGUAACUCCGCUUCAGAUGUAAACAUAAUGGGCAUGGUUCAGUUUUAAUGGCUUUAAUAAUAAAAUACAGUCAAAUGUGAACAA